AUGUGGAAUCCAGAUGCAUUACAGCGUACUACCGAAGGACUCAUUGCGGUUUUACUAUCUUUGAAGAAGAAACCCCUUAUUCGGUACGAGAAAAACAGUUUAUUGGCGAAGAAGCUGGCUACAGAAGUACGGUAUCAAAUUGCUCAGGAGGAUCAUUUGUUCGAUUUCAGGAAAGUGGAUACUCCUCCUAUAUUGUUGAUAUUGGAUCGAAGGGAUGACCCUAUAACACCGCUCUUGACACAAUGGACAUACCAGGCAAUGGUUCAUGAACUUCUUGGAAUAAAGAAUGGGAGAGUUGACCUUAGCGAGGUACCAGACAUUCGACCUGAGUUGAAAGAAGUGGUGUUAUCUCAAGACCAGGACCCAUUCUUCAAGAAGAACAUGUACCUCAAUUUUGGUGAUCUUGGUGGUAAUAUCAAAGAUUAUGUCGAGCAGUAUCAAUCAAGAACAAAAAAUAGCUCCAAUAUUGAGUCUAUAGCUGACAUGAAGCGCUUCAUCGAAGAAUAUCCCGAAUUCCGCAAACUUUCCGGCAAUGUCAGCAAACACGUUACUCUUGUUGGUGAGUUAAGCAGAAUUGUUGGUUCAGAAAAUCUAUUAGAAGUCAGUGAAGUUGAGCAGAGCUUGGCAUGUAAUGAUGCUCACGCCAGUGAUCUAAAAAACGUGCAGAGAUUAAUCCAGUCUCCGACUGUAACUCCCGAUAACAAGCUGAGGCUCGUUGCUCUGUACUCACUUCGAUAUGAAAAACACCCUUCAAAUGCAUUACCAAUCCUUGUUGACCUCCUUGGCGCAGCUGGGAACGUUCCUCAAAGACGAAUCGACCUCGUAGCGAAGCUCCUUAUUUACCAUUCUUCCUUGCAACUGAACCAAUCUACAGGAGGAAUUUCUGACAUGUUCGAAUCCUCGAACAUAUUUUCUGGAGCUCGGGAUCGAUUUAAGGGACUGAAAGGUGUAGAAAAUGUCUACACACAGCAUUCGCCACGACUUGAAUUAACGCUCCAAGAUCUAAUUAAAGGAAAACUGCGUGAUCAGCAAUAUCCUUUCGUUGAAGGUGGAGGAACGACCCGAGAUAAGCCCCAGGAUAUUGUAGUUUUUAUCAUUGGUGGGGCCACUUUUGAAGAGGCGAAAUGCAUAUCUCAAAUAAAUGCCUCUUCACCUGGUAUCAGAGUGGUUUUAGGAGGUACUUCGAUUCAUAACAGCACGACCUUCUUGGAAGAAGUGGAAGAUGCUGUAUCCUUAUGGCCUGAACCUGCUCCGUCGACUGCUGCUGGAAGGUUACGAAAAGAGACAGGAAGACGUUGA